UGUGUGUCCUUCGUCACAACGACGGGGCGUAUUGAUUUAACAACAACUGUAGUUAAUAUAUUCUGGAGGACUGUGAUGAUUGGCAGCAUCGUUUCGAUUGGUGCAGCCUGUUUACCGGCUGCCGAUCAUUUCUUUUCUUCACAACUCAAAAUACCAAUAAAAUUCCCAUUAUUCCCACACCCAUCUGACUUUAUCUCUUUCUGUUCUUCAUCCGACAUUUCUCUUUUAUAAUAUAUAUAUAUAUAUAUGUGUAUAUAUGUGCAUGAAAAUAGUCUUUAUUUUACUAGACAAGGACUGGCUGAGAUAAAAUCUCUAUAACAAAAGAAAAAAACAAUUCCGCCCUACAUAAAAAAUGAACAAAAUAAAAUAUUCUGCAAAGUCAAACCCGUAUCAUUUCUUUGACGUGUUUUAUCGACACGGUAUCGUGUUGGAGAGGUAAUAUCGAUCUUUUAUUUUGGAAGGCUGUAACCGGAAACACGAGUCGAUUGACUCUGAUUACACCUCUCUCACUCUCUCUCCUGCGCUCUCUCUCUCCUCCUCAGUUCUCAUGAAUGUCUCUCGCCCUUCAGAACCUCCCUACUGCCCCCUCUCUCUCUGGCAGCAGCUCAGCAGCUCCUCUCAGUGUCGGAGCAGGUGAUCCGGGAUUUGGGAAGAGGAGAGAAGAGGAGAAAGGACGCGGAGACUUCAGAGCAGCCCCAGCACACACAGCUCCAUCACCUCCAGCAUCAUGCCGAUACCCUGGCUCUGUUUCUGGCUCUUUUCUCUCAUCCUGGGCCAAUCUCGCACUGUGGGCGGAAAAGUGAACAAACACAAGCCGUGGAUAGAGACAUCCUACCAUGGAGUGAUCACAGAGAACAUGGACACGGUCCUGCUGGACCCCCCUCUGGUGGCUCUUGACAAGGACGCUCCAGUUCCCUAUGCUGGAGAGAUCUGCGAUUUCAAGAUCUACGGUCAGGAUGCUCCGUUUAAGGCGGUGGUGUUAAAUCGAACAUCAGGAGAAGGCGUCCUGAAGGCCAGCAGUCCUGUAGACUGUGAGAGCCAGAAAGAAUACACCUUCAUUAUUCAGGCCUACGACUGCGGGUCUGGACCCAACGGUGCAGACUGGAAGAAAUCCCACAAGGCCGUGGUCCACAUCCAGGUGGAUGACGUCAACGAGUUCGCCCCUGUGUUCAGGGAACCACAGUACAAGGCAUCGGUAACGGAGGGGAAAAUCUACGACAGCAUUUUGCAGGUGGAGGCCUGGGACCAGGACUGUUCACCACAGUACAGCCAAAUCUGCAACUAUGAAAUUGUCACUCCUGGGACACCGUUUGCCAUCGACCGCAAUGGUAACAUUAGGAACACGGAGCGGCUGAGCUUCGACAAGCAGCAGAGCUACAAGAUUAUGGUGACAGCCUUCGACUGUGGUCAGAAGAGAGCCAAAGAGGAUGUGGCCGUGCAUAUCGUCGUCAAGCCCGUCUGCAAACCUGGAUGGCAAGGCUGGAACAAGCGUGUGGACUAUGAACCAGGAACUGGGAGCAAGCAGCUGUUUCCCAAGAUGCACCUGGAAACCUGUGGUGGUCCACUGUCCGGCGUGAAGGCCAUGGUGGAGCUGCAGACCAAUCACAUCGGGAAAGGAUGUGACCGUGAAACAUACUCUGAGAAGUCACUGCAAAAACUCUGUGGUGCAGCAUCUGGCAGCACUGACCUCCUGCCUGCCCCGAGUCCUUCCACAAACUGGACGUCAUCUCUGCUGACUGACAGCGGACGAGACAGCGACCUCAUCUACAGGUUCGACGGGCGUCAGGCUGCCAACGUCCCGGAUCACGUAGUCCCCCAGAACCUCACGGAUCAGUUCACCAUAGCAACAUGGAUGAAGCACGGACCCAGUCCAGGACUCCGGGCCGAGAAGGAAACCUUACUGUGUAACUCCGACAAGACCGAGAUGAACCGCCACCACUACUCCCUGUACGUGCACAACUGCCGCCUGGUUUUCCUGCUCAGGAGAGAUUUCACUCAGGUCGACACUUUCAGACCUGCAGAGUUCCACUGGAAACUGGAGCAGAUCUGUGACAAAGAAUGGCACUACUAUGUGAUCAAUGUGGAAUUUCCCGCGGUGACGCUUUUCGUAGACGGCGUGACCUACGAGCCCUACCUGGUGACAGAUGACUGGCCCAUCCAUGCCUCCAAGAUUGAUACACAGCUGACUGUUGGAGCCUGCUGGCAAGGUGGUGAAGUAGCCACCCCCAGGUUCACACAGUAUUUCCGUGGCAGCCUGUCAGGUCUAACAAUUCGCCCAGGCCGCAUUGAAACCCAGAAGGUUAUCUCCUGUUUGCAGGCCUGUAAAGAAGGACUGGACAUCAACUCUCUGGAAAGCCUGGCUAAGGACAUAAAGUUCCACUUCAACCCGGCCCAGUCUGUGCUGGUGGUGGAGGGAGAGGAUGUUGGCAGCAUCAACACAGCCAUGACCAAGGUCUCCUACAUCAACUCUCGACAGUUCCCUACAUCGGGUCUCCGACGGCUGCACAUCACUACCACAGUACAGUGUUUCGGGGAGGACACAUGUCUCUCCAUUCCUGAUGUCAAGGCCGUUGUUAUGGUGCUGCCGCCCAGUGAACCGAGAAUCACAAUUACAGGAUCUAAUCGACUGGUCAGGCCUGCGUCUGACCUGCAGGGACCGCUGGGCGUGGCGCCCUUCAAGGAGCUGCACAUCACCAGCACGGUGAUGAAAGGAGACAGCGUUGGUGGAUUCCAUCGUACAGGUGUGAUGGAGGUGAUGCAUAAUCUGGAUUACUGUGACAUCCUGGUCAUUGGAGAGGAGCUCAGUCCUGACGCAGAAAGUCUGGAGAUUCAUCACAACGCUUUGCUGGGAAAACACCUGGAUGCCACCAACUCCACCUCUGGAAUUUCAAUUUAUGGUGUGGACUCCAUGGCUCACUAUGAGCAGGCACUGAGACAAGUGCGCUACAGGAACUGGCGACCCGCCACCCUGACUGAGAGGAGGUUCAGACUCACCUGCUCUGAACUCAACGGACGCUACACCAGCAACGAGUUUAAUUUGGAGGUCAGCCUUCUCCACCACUCCGCACCUGUGGAGCACGUCAAUCAUCUGGCCUCCCAGCAGCAGUACAUAAGACCUGUCCAUCACCCACUCAUGAUACACACUCUCAACUCACACAUGCCAGGAACAGCACCCCCUGCAGCCACAGUCAUCAUUGUGGUUUGUAUCGCCGCCCUGGUGACCAUCGUGGUCAUCGGCGUAUACAGGAUCCACGCCACACACCAGGAGGGGUCCAGAGAGGAUGAGGAGGAGGUCAAAGAAGCUGACGUGGACUGGGAGAACUCUGCUCUCACCAUCAUCGUCAACCCCAUGGAGAACAUUGCAGGAAACCAGGCUGUGGACGAAGAGGUAAAAGAAGAGAGCCAAGAGGAGGAGGAACAGGGAAUGACAAGCGCUGAGUCAGAAAACAGCGACGAGGACGAUGAGGAGGAGGAGGAGGAGGAGGAGGAGGAAGAGGAAGAGGAUGAGAGAGAUGUGGUGGAAAAGAGGAAGCACGAGGGAAAAUUUGAGUGGGACAGUUCCUCCAGCACCUACUGAUCACUCACACACACCUACAUGUUCAUUAAUAUACCUACAUAUAUGGCACAUUUUUUGCAACUUUGUCUAUUUUGUUCCUUCUCUCUCUCUCUCUCUCUCUCUCUUUCAAAGCGAACAGACACCAACAUCGUGCUGAUAUGACCCUCAUGUCGACUACAGAUACACAACAGAAAACAAAUCGAGAGUAAAUCAUUAGUAAUUUGCCUUAAUUGGAAACAUUGUAAAAAACAGUUCUCAUUUUUGACAAAACAGCUCGCUCUACUGGACAAAGUCUAAAGUACAGCCGCAGCAGCGUCUACCUGUGUUGGCUACAAAUUGAAGAAUAAAAAAUCGAGCACAUAUGCAGAGGUGGACGUUAUUUCCUCGGUUUUAAUUGAAUCAAAAUAGAAACAUUUGAAUAUAUUUAAUAAACAAAUCAAUCACGGUCACGUUUUAGCUAUUAAAAAUUAACUUUAAAUUCUUACCUCCUGCAAAACCAAAAGUAAAACUAAUUUCUCAACAAAUCUGUGUCCAUACGUUAUUCUGAUCAUGUCACUUUAUUCUAAUUGAAAUGCAUUAGUUCUGUUCUCCAAUCAUUUUUGUCAUCAUCUUUGUGCUUCGAUUCAGUGGCCUAGAAACUGCAGAGAUAUGUUCUACACGUGUUACCCACCACUCCUCGUGUUUCCUGACUUAUAUACGGUUUAAUCUAAUUUGCAGCACGAGAUGAGGUCUGUUUUUUUUUUGUUGUUGUUGUUGUUUGUUUGUUUUUCUGUAACCUGAAGCUCACUUGUGUCACUUCUGUCAGUUGCUUAGGUCAAACUGCUGGUAGAAAACAAAAACAAAAAGGUUUGUUUAAGUCAACUGUCAAAUCAAGUCUUUUUCCUUCAGCAGAAACAGUGACGCAGAGAUGUUAGACUGAAUGUUCUUCUUCUUUUAAGCCCAUAGUUAAGAGCCUCUCAUGUGAACUCUUAGGAACUAUCAGUCUCAGAUCUAUCUGUCUUAAUGUCAAAAUGCAAGUCUUCACCCAUAAUGCAUCUGAAUUUCACCUUUUCAUUUUCACAAGUGAUCAAUUGCAAGAGCCGUUGCUUCCUAAUAGUGCUGAGUAGGAGUGUGAAAACAUCAUUCGCUUGGAGUCACAGCACAGAGCAAACCACCACAGAGCAGUGACGCUCCAGCUGCUGAAACAUGUCGUUAAUCUUCUCAGCCCUUGAAUUUCUCAACAUUUGUAUUGUCACCGUCUCACCAGAACUACAGUCUGUAAAAAACAUUCCAUUUAUCACCGCACAGCAUCACCGAGACUGCCCGUGAUUCCAACGUUGUCAUGGAAAGAUGGCAGAGCCGAGUUAGCCAGUUACCUUUUAAGAUUUGACAUUGAUCUGUCCUUGUUGUUGUGGAAUGUCUUACGUCAUUAAAGUAGAGCAAAACUUAGACUUUACGUUAAAGCAAAGAUAACCGUUGGGUUAUACCUCUGUUUUCUGAGACUCUUUGCUGAGCAUUACUGUAAAAAAAAGAAGAAGAAAAAAAGAGGCAGAGCGAAUGUUUGUUUUUGCUGGUGUUAUCAAGUCCACAGUCCUGCACACCUUCGCAAAACCCUGGUCUCUGAUAGCGACUCCAUCACGUGCUACCAUGCUGCAGCUAGCAUAGACAGCAGAGUUUUCUCUCCGUUCAACGAUUUAAGAGAAAAAAAAAACUUUUAUUCAGAGAAAUCAGACUUCACCCGUUUGCUCUUCAUCAUAUGCGUCUCCUGUUGACCUUUCCCUCCCUCCGUUGCCCCUUGAGCACCUGUGAUUGUGAUGUCAUCAUUGUGAAACAACUGCCUUGCCCCUUUUUUGUCAUAUUGUGCUUCUGAAAGAUUUAAGAAAAAAAAAGAAGAAACUUUUACAAAUUACAACACAAACUGUAAAAAAUGUUCAGGACAGUUAUUUUAUAUAUACUUUUACUUUUGGUAAACAAAGUGGUCGGGAUCUCUCUCUCUCUUUCUCUCUCUCUCUCUUUAGUGGUUAUCCCACUGCUUUCUGUAUAUUGACCAAUAAAGACUUGUUUUAGAC